AUGAGCUUGUUAUUCCUCCUUGACCUGGGUUGUCCAACUUGCAUAAAUCUCUUCACUCUUUCUCACAUCGCAAACUUAACUUCUCUACUUUCUAGCUUGAGAAAGAUCUUGGAGAAUUUUGUAUUGCUUAUAGAAGAAAGGAGUUGUCGUGCAUCCCAAACUAAGAAGACCCAAGUAGGAGUUAUUCCCGUGUCAUCUGCCAAGGUCAAACAUCUUGUUGGUGCAUAUAGCAAGAAGAUUGACGGUAUGCUCAACAUUAGGGAUGUUCCCCUUAAGUCUCUUGUUGAUGAGUUUGGAGAUCAUGAUCUGCUCCGCGAAUCGAAGAGUGGAAGUCGAUCUGGGCGGUCUGCUCAUCCAUCUAACCAUCAUGUUUCAGUUGCUGAGUCACGAGCAGUCAAGCGUGGAGUGGCUUCGUCGUCACCAAUUCCUUUGGAAGUGAGGUUGGUAGAGGCUAGGAAAUCAAGAAAGUCAUUUGCCCGAGCGAAGGGCUCUUCUGCAACGUCAACGGCUGAUCCCAAGGUGGAAAAGUCCACCUCUGCAGGAGAUGCAGGCUUGUCUGAUCUGCUCAAGAUGAACUUUCUGUUAAGAAAAACAAAGGGAAAGCAACAUUUCAUCUCCUUCAAAAAAGAAGUGGUGGCAGACGUGGCGGAUCAGGCAAGUGGAGCUGCUGAGAGUGUGGCUGAUCAGGUGAAUGCUGAAGAGUCCGCAGAUUAA